GCAGAUACUAUCUACGCAGCAUGUACCUUCUGGUGGCACUGCUCAUGGCGGUACGGCUUCUCGCUGACUCGGCCACGUGUGCUUGGGACUCGAGUGUCGUUCAAGUUGAGGCGACGUGCAAUGCGCCCACCCCCGAGACGAUUGUGCUACCGCAGCAGACGACCGUUGCUCUCGACCUGACACUUUUCAACGCUUCGGCGUACGACCCGAUCGAGGCGUCGGUUCUCGCACUCGGUGGCAACGACUCGGACGUUCUUGCAAGUGUCCGCGUGCUUUUAGCAGCGGCGACCAAUGCAACGCCGCAGCACUUUGAGUUUUCACUGUCGACACCACCGACGCACGUCCGCCUGACGCUGUCGUCUGCCAACAACGCCCUCUGCAGCACUACGUGGGCGUGCUCGGACGUAGGAAAUGCCACCAACGCGACCAACUCCAACGUCACGAUCCCAGCUACGACACUUCCGAGCAAAGCCUACUCGUCUCUGAGCUGCGUGCUUGUCGGCGGCCUGGUCGUGUCGGUGGCAGCGGCGAUUGGCGCCGGUGCUUUUGCGUGGCACUUGUACCGCCAAAGUCGAGCGUCGUUGCCGGCGGUACCGGAGCGCUACCGCUGGUGCACCCUUGUCCGUGCGCCGUCGCUUCGAGGCGAGUUUGCAACGACGGACGACUGGGUCGACAACUGGGCGACAUCUCAGAGCACGAUUAGCAGCCACGAGGACGCGCCCGGAAGCGGAUACGAGACGCUGCAGUUGUCGCCCUCGAGCAGUUCCAAAAUGCUCUCGUCGGCCGCCUCGACAACCGACGAGGCGGGUUCGUACCGUGCGAGUAGCUUGAUCGCAUUGUAA